AUGUUCAGAAGCACCAAGAGAAGAACAGCCGGUCGUAAGAACUUUGAAAGUUCUAUCAUUUCGUCAUCCACUCCGAACGCCUACCUCGCCAAUGUUUACAACAACUCGAAGCUCACGUUCUAUACGCUUCCUCCAGUUGGCGAGAUUACGCUGGAUGAGUUUGAGACCUGGGCCAUUGACCGUAUCAAGAUCUUGAAUGAGAUCGAGUCGUGUGCCGCUAGAAAUAAGAGCUAUAAGGAGAUUGAAUCGAUUGUCGCUCCAAUGAUUCAACAAACGCUUCCUUUGAACUCCACCAAUGUCGAAAAGCUGAAUAGGGAGAGACAGAAGGAUUACUACUCUCACUUCAUUCUUAGGUUAUGCUUCUCGAGAUCGCAGGAGUUAAGGACAAAGUUCUUGAAGAAUGAAACGACGCUCUUCAAGAUUCGUUACAACCAGUUGACAAACGCUGAGCAGCAACAGUUUGUCAAGAGUUUGAACCUGCCAUGGGACUUCAUCUCGCUUGAGGAGAAGGAGCAACUGUCUACAAAGUUGUUCAACUCCAUCUCUGCAUCCUUGGGUUACGUCCUCCAACUGGAUGACGUUCAAAAGAGGAAAUAUUUUGAACAAGAAGAAUUCAUCAAGAUCCCGUUUGAGUACGUGACUGAUCUCCUACCACAACGUUCCAUCUUCUUACAAAGGGGAACUGCCUAUGUACCAAAGUUUCAGCAAUUACAAUUAUUGGUGAAUGAAUUCUCUGCGAAGUUGGAGGCCGCAUUGAUCUCAACAUCCCAUGCAUUCCCAUCGUUGGAUGAAGAUGACCGGAUCUUGCCAAUCUUGACCCACCUCUCAUCGGGUUAUUCCUUGAACUAUUCACAAGAUUCUUAUGGUGCCAACGAAAACUCUAGCGACAUCAAUGCCAUCACAGUCGGGUCAAAGGAGAUUGUCGAUCAAUUCCCACUGUGUGGCCAACAUGCAAUGUAUGGGCUAAGAACUUUACACCACUUGAAGUACACAGCACGUCAACAGUUUACCCUCUUCCUCAAGGGAAUCGGUCUAUCGUUGGAAGAUGCCUUGACAUUCUGGUCGGGUGAAUUCAAAUCUGUCUCCAUUGACAAGUUCAACAAGGAGUACAAGUAUAACAUUCGUCAUUCUUAUGGUCUGGAAGGUGGUCGUAUCAACUAUAAACCAUGGGACUGUCGCACGAUCCUUUCGAAACCAAGACCACAGAAGGGGGAAUACCAUGGAUGUCCAUAUAGAGAUCUGUCAUCCGAUUCGUUGGCCAGAAAGCUGAGAGAGAUGGGUCUUGAAGAGAAGGACGUUCAACAAAUUUUGGAGAUCUCCGAUAAAGGUGAUUACACCAACGCUUGUUCCAGAGUUCUGGAGGUGAAGACUAAUGGCCACGUUCAAGAACAGGUGACACAUCCUAAUCUGUACUUUGACAGAAUGAGACAGUACACCAAAUCCCAACAGACUGAAGCAUAG